GGGUCCCCCGCCCUCAGCCCAUCCGCAUCCGCAUCCCUAGAGGAAAGGGGUGUGGGAAUGGGGGCUGGGGCACUAGGGGGACAACCAGAGGGAGGGCUGGAGCCUGAAGCGGAGAGACAGGCAUUUGGGGACGCGAGACAGGUAUGGAGAAGACAAAGAGCCGAGGGCGGGGAGGGGGGCCCAGGCGGAGGGGAGGGGGAGAGAUCCUGGGGACAGAGGCCAGGCGAUAGGCAAGAGAGACAGGCGGGAUGGGGAGGCAGACACAGGGAAGACGCCUAUUUGGGGUCAAGAGACAGCGUGGAGACCGAGGCGGUCACAAGGGCAGCACGGAUGCGUGGAGAAACCAACAGGCCAAGAAGGAUGAGGGGGCUCAGCCCAGGCACCGGGCAGCCCCCGACCCGCCCUCCAGCAAAACUGAGGAGAGGGAAGAGGGAGCCUGCGUAUCAGCUCCCAGGACCAGGUGCGGAGGGAGCAGCCGGCUGUGGGCGCUUGGACCACAGGCUGCCCCCUCCCCACCUCGCGGGAUCUCAGGAUGCCAGUCGGGCUAUUGCCCAGGCACCGGUGGGCCCCGGAGCGAGCCUGCUCCGCCGGGACUCCGCGUCUGUGCGUCAGCCCCGCCCGUUGUCCUGGCAACAAACCGUUGCCCGGGCAACCAGCUUUGCUCUCACCCCGCUCGAGAGGAGCCCGGCUGUUGCUCUGGGCAACGCGGUCCGCUGGUUCCCACGCCUGCCUUCGCCCGCUUCCGGUUCAGACCCUGCGGAGGGGCGAGGACGAGGCAGAAGUCAGCGGGAUGCCUGUGGGGCCGUGGAGGAAGAGGGUAUCCUUUUGGGAUGGAACUAGGUCCUGGACACCCCCUCUCAAGGGCGGGGAGGCUGAAACUACAACUCCCAGCAUGACUCGCGGUGGCUGUCCGGUUUCUGCGCGGCUGUUCGCGCAGAGGUCUCAUGGGAGUUGGAGUUCUUUAUUGUGCGUGGGGCUCAAUGGACGUCUGGGGUGGGAAUGGGGGACUAGGGUGCUUGAGUGCCUCUGCAGAAAAGACUCUAGGACCCCGCCACCAUGUUCCCGGAGCCCCCAACCCCGGGGCCUCCAUCGCCCGACACGCCUCCGGACUCCAGUCGCAUCAGCCACCGCCCAGUGCCCCCCUGGGCCCUGGCCACCAUCGUGCUGGUCUCAGGCCUCCUCGUCUUCAGCUGCUGUUUCUGUCUCUACCGGAAGCGCUGUCGGAGGCAGACAGGCAAGAAGAGCCAGGCCCAAGCCCAGGUCCACCUUCAGGAAGUGAAGGGGCUGGGCCAGAGUUACAUAGACAAGGUGCAGCCAGAAGUGGAGGAGCUGGAGCCAGCACCAUCCGGGCCAGGGCAGCAGGUGGCAGACAAGCAUGAGCUAGGACGACUGCAGUACUCCCUGGAUUAUGACUUCCAGAGUGGCCAGCUGCUGGUGGGUAUUCUGCAAGCAAUGGGAUUGGCAGCCUUGGAUCUUGGUGGCUCCUCGGACCCCUAUGUGCGGGUCUACCUGCUGCCGGACAAACGGAGACGGUACGAGACCAAGGUGCAUCGGCAGACGCUGAACCCUCACUUUGGGGAGACUUUCGCCUUCAAGGUCCCCUACGUGGAGCUGGGGGGCAGGGUGCUGGUCAUGGCAGUGUACGACUUCGACCGCUUCUCUCGCAAUGACGCCAUCGGGGAGGUGCGGGUCCCCAUGAGCUCCGUGGACCUGGGGCGGCCAGUGCAGGCCUGGCGGGAGCUGCAGGCGGCUCCGCGGGAGGAGCAGGAGAAGCUUGGGGACAUCUGCUUCUCCCUCCGCUAUGUCCCCACGGCCGGGAAGCUCACCGUCAUCGUCCUGGAGGCUAAAAACCUGAAGAAGAUGGACGUAGGAGGACUGUCAGAUCCAUACGUCAAGGUCCACCUGCUGCAGGGCGGCAAAAAGGUGCGGAAGAAGAAAACCACCAUCAAGAAGAACACUCUGAACCCCUAUUACAACGAAGCUUUCAGCUUCGAGGUGCCCUGUGACCAAGUCCAGAAGGUGCAGGUGGAGCUGACCGUGCUAGACUACGACAAGCUGGGCAAGAACGAGGCCAUCGGGAGGGUGGCCGUGGGGGCGGCCGCCGGCGGGGCUGGCCUGCGGCACUGGGCAGACAUGCUGGCCAACCCGCGGCGGCCCAUUGCCCAGUGGCACUCGCUGCGGCCCCCGGACCGAGUGAGGCUGCUGCCUGCGCCCUGACUCCCACCCCAAGCCCCCGGCCAAGCCUGGACUCUAGCCCCUGACCCCAGACUCCCGAGACCGGCCAAAGCCAAGCCAGCCCCACCCUUAAGCUUCCUCUGACCGUUACCCUCCCCCCACCUUCCACCCCAACCAUCUGAACCAUUCCUGUCUUCUCAUCCCCAACGAUGCCAAUCACGACAACUUUCCAGCCCACUCCCCCGACCCCCGCGGACACACCCAGAUGCCCCAGGGACCCCUGGGAAGGGAAGGCAGCCUGGUUUCCCCUGCCCCCGGGUCCUGCCCCCCUGCUUUGACAAUCAGCCAUCCUCGUCUGCUCUCCUCUCUCUUCCAACACAGCCCAUCCCUGCACUGCUCCUGGGGCCAAAUAAAUAUUCAGCAGCUCCGGUGG